GACGGUUGUGGCAGCCGCCAUGGAAGCGAGUGGACCCUGAGCAGAGGCCGGGCUGGGCCGGCGGCCUGCAGCCACGAGAGGCGGAGGCCGCGAGCACGUAGCUGGGGAGGCAGGCGCGAACCGGGAGGCUGCGGGAGACUCGGCGUUCCGAGUUGCUCCGGCCGCCGAGCUGCCGCUCCUGGCUCCGGCCCCGGCUCCGGCCGCAGACAUGGCGGGCGGGCACUGCGGCAGCUUCGCCGCGGCGGCGGCCAGCAGCGGGGAGAUCGUGCAGCUGAAUGUGGGGGGGACCAGAUUCAGUACCUCAAGACAGACUCUUAUGUGGAUUCCAGAUUCCUUUUUUUCCAGUUUGCUGAGUGGAAGAAUUUCAACACUUCGAGAUGAAACUGGUGCUAUAUUUAUUGAUAGGGACCCAGCAGCAUUCGCCCCCAUUUUAAAUUUUCUUCGGACAAAAGAGCUUGACUUAAGGGGAGUCAGCAUCAAUGUUCUCAGACACGAGGCAGAAUUUUAUGGGAUCACUCCACUAGUGCGGAGGCUGCUGCUGUGUGAGGAGCUGGAGAGGUCAUCCUGCGGCAGCGUCCUGUUCCAUGGCUACUUGCCCCCACCAGGCAUUCCCAGUCGUAAAGUGACUAACACUGCUAGGUCCUCUGUGGACGCUAGGAAUGGACUAAAUUCUAUGGAAGGUGAAGCCCGGGGAAGUGGAACGCAGCCUGUACUUACCGGAAAUGGAGAAGACACUAUUAGGCUGGGAGUUCCAGUGGAUCCAAGAAAGGUGCUAAUAGUUGCUGGCCACCACAACUGGAUUGUAGCUGCCUAUGCUCAUUUCGCCGUGUGUUACAGAAUCAAAGAGUCUUCAGGGUGGCAGCAAGUGUUUACAAGCCCAUACCUGGACUGGACCAUUGAACGGGUGGCUUUAAAUGCAAAAGUGGUUGGAGGGCCUCAUGGAGACAAGGACAAAAUGGUGGCUGUGGCCUCAGAAAGCAGCAUCAUCCUGUGGAGUGUUCAGGAUGGAGGAAGCGGAAGUGAGAUUGGUGUGUUCAGCCUCGGUGUUCCUGUAGACGCUCUCUUCUUCAUUGGGAACCAGCUGGUGGCCACGAGUCACACAGGGAAAGUGGGCGUGUGGAAUGCUGUCACGCAGCACUGGCAGGUGCAGGACGUUGUCCCGAUAACCAGCUACGACACUGCAGGCUCCUUCCUCCUCCUGGGAUGCAACAACGGAUCAAUAUAUUACAUAGACAUGCAGAAGUUCCCACUGCGGAUGAAGGAUAACGACCUCCUUGUCACUGAGCUCUAUCAUGACCCUUCCAACGACGCCAUCACUGCACUGAGUGUUUACCUCACCCCCAAAACAAGUGUCAGCGGAAACUGGAUUGAGAUAGCCUACGGUACGAGCUCUGGAGCUGUGCGGGUGAUUGUGCAGCACCCAGAGACGGUGGGCUCAGGGCCUCAGCUCUUCCAGACAUUCACCGUUCACCGGAGCCCUGUGACCAAGAUCAUGCUGUCAGAGAAGCAUCUGGUGUCAGUGUGUGCCGACAACAACCAUGUCCGCACCUGGACAGUCACACGGUUCAGAGGGAUGAUCUCCACGCAGCCAGGCUCCACUCCUUUAGCGUCAUUCAAGAUCCUGUCCUUGGAGGAGACCGAGAGCCAUGGCAGCUAUUCCUCUGGAAAUGACAUUGGGCCUUUUGGAGAACGAGAUGAUCAACAAGUGUUUAUCCAGAAAGUUGUUCCCAUCACCAACAAGCUGUUUGUCAGGUCGUCAUCGACCGGAAAAAGAAUAUGUGAGAUCCAGGCUGUAGACUGCACUACAAUCUCCUCGUUCACUGUGAGAGAGUGUGAGGGCUCCAGUAGGAUGGGCUCCCGGCCGCGGCGCUACCUGUUCACUGGCCACACCAACGGCAGCAUCCAGAUGUGGGACCUGACCACAGCCAUGGAUAUGGUCAACAAGACUGAGGACAAGGAUGCAGGUGGCCCCACUGAGGAGGAGCUGCUCAAGCUGCUGGACCAGUGUGACCUGAGCACAUCCCGCUGUGCCACUCCCAACAUCAGCCCUGCCACAUCUGUGCUGCAGCACAGCCGCCUUCGCGAGUCCAGCUCCAGCCUUCAGCUCCAGCACCACGAAACCAUCCCUGAAGCAGCAACCUAUGGUGCCACGCGGCCUUACCGAGAGAGCCCUUUGUUAGCCAGAGCAAGGAGGACUGAGAGUUUCCACAGCUACAGGGACUUCCAGACUCUUAAUUUCAACAGAAACGUAGAGAGAGCUGUCCCUGAAAAUGGCCACAUGGGCCCAGCCCAGGCUGAAGUGAAGGGGGCAGCAGGGGAGUGUGCUAUAUCUGAGAGGAAGUCCCCAGGGGCAGAAGUAAGAUAUGUGAGAGAGUCAGAUGUGGGGUUGGAAGUGCAUAGAACAGCAGAAGGUUUGUCAGAGCCCAAGAAAAGGUCAGCAGAGGAUGAAAAUGAGCAUAAAGUGGAAUUCCGGAAGAAAGGAUUUGAAGCAGGGGGAUUCCUAGGAAGAAAGAAAGUUCCCUAUCUGGCCUCCUCACCAAGCACCUCUGACGGAGGGACCGACUCCCCUGGUACAGCAUCCCCAUCUCCAACAAAGACCACCCCAUCACCUCGGCACAAAAAGAGUGAUUCCUCUGGCCAAGAGUACAGCUUGUGAACUCAUCCAAGUGCAUGAGAGUUCUUCUGAAUCUACAUGAAAAACAUUUCCUGGGUUUCAGUACAUUGGCUUUUACAUCAAACACUACAGGGCACAGUUUGACCUGUUUAGUGUUCUCUGGGCCGAGUCUCCUGAAGAGGAGCAGAGCAUACUCCCCUGGGGUGACGCAGGGACGCUCUAGUCCUGCAGGCACAUGUAACAGCAGUUUGUAAGCAGGAGUUAUUGCCUUGUCGCCCUUCCUGCUGGUGUUUCGUCCCAGCACACAGUAGUCCCCUUAGAGCAUGUGAGGGAGGCAGUGAGCAGGCCAUGUUCCUCAUGCAGUUGCUGCAGGUCUUGCAGUGGUACCUUAAAGUUAAUCUCAUAAUCUUGGAACUUGGGUUCCCAGCCCUUGUGAUUGCGGAGUGUUUACUAGAUACAUAUUGAGGUGCUAUGUUGUGAAAAAGUCUCACGUAACUCAGAACACUAUCAUUGGUUCCCAGGCUCCACUGUGCACUACGUCUUUUAGGGUUGUUUAUUUCAUUGUGCGUCAUUUUCUGAUUCUUGUUGUCGGGAGUCAAUAUAGCAUGUGUCACCGGUGUUUGGUACCUGAAGUCCUUCGAGUGGGAACAGCAUCUGUGUUUGAAUAGGUAAAAUAAUAAUGGCAGAGGGGAAAUCUGGGUGCUCACAAGGGAAGCCCUUGAUUGCUACUCCAGCUACCUUAGGAGCCACUGUGCUUUUGCAGUGUCUCACGGGAUUGUAAUUCUGGAUUUGGAGUUAAAUGCUUCGAUAUGUAAAAAUGUUGUUUGGCUUUAUCUUGAACCCUGGGAGCAAAAGAAAAAUUUUUGUACAUUUUCUUCAUUUAAUCAGAGUGGUUUACAUAUUUCUGCAAAUGGAGAAAAUGUAAAUUUAAACGCACGAACAUAUUUACUAAGUGAAUGAUGUAUAUUUCCCAUUCUCAGAAGUAUAAUGAAGUUGGAAUAAAUUCUUUAAAGUUUCCUAUAUUGCCAGUGUUUUCACACAAACUCCCUUGUAUUUAUUUGUCAAUUAAAUCAAGUGAGAAAGGUUAA